AUGAUCCUCACCAAGGCACAUCUGUUUGAGAGUUGGGUGUACAGGGGUAUUGGGAACCUGUCCAAGGCUAAGGCCAUGCUUACUUCAGCACAGACUGCCGCUAACUCAAGUUACUGCCCACUCCAUCUCCAAGCUGCGCUCAAUCUGCAGAGCAGCGUGCUCCACGCCAAGGAUAAAAACUACAUGACUGCUUACUUGUACUUCUUUGAGACAUUCAAAAGUCUGUCUGUUCAAGGCAAACCGACCACGCUCAAUGCACUCAAGUAUAUGCUUCUUUGCAAGGUCAUGCUCAACCUUCCUGAAGAUGUGACAUCCCCCUUGAGCAUCAAGCUUGCUGUCAAGUAUGUGCAACUGCACGAGAUUGAGAGCAUGCACGCAAUCACAUUUGCGCAUCAGAACCGCAACCUCUCUAAGUUUGAACACAUCCUCCGGGAGUACAAGGACAAACUGAGCUUGGACCCCACUAUUUGCUCACAUCAUGCAGUGCUAUACAACACCCUUCUGCAACAAAUUAUCCUGCAGAUUGUUGAGCUGUACUUGGUUGUUGAGUUCGACUACCUUGCAGAGCAGGUUGAAAAGGGCCAGCAGGAGGUCGAGGUGAAGUGUUGCAGAUGA